GCGAACUUCGUCCAUCGGAAGUGAAGAUUGCCAACGUUUCUCAUUGGGUAACCCCAGCGGGAAACAGGUGCAGGUGGAGGCAUGGCGAAGAUUUUGUGCGGAGGCGCUCCUUAGGACGCCGUACAAUCACUUGUGGACUCUCGCCGAUGACAAGACCGAGCAAGGAAUCAAGAAACAAAACGCUGCCCUUCGAUCCUAUUUCCCGCUCGCGAUGGCAGGGAAAAGCGCAUGGGAAACCGGGAUGGAAUUUUUCGAGAGAUGGGAAACGGGUAGACUGCUGGCACCCGAAGGAGCGAAGUGGAUCGCGAAGAAGAAGGUGCAGGGCCUCAAGCCAGGUGUGAGCCACAUCGAAAACAAGAAGGACGGGCGAAAGGUGGUCGUCUACAAUGUCCCCGUCGAAGGGCCACAAAAGAAAGGCAAGAAGGAAACAGACCCAGGCGACUGGUUCGUCCAGGUCACCGAGCCGGAUCCGCACUGUUGGAAGAGCAUGGAGGCCCUUACCGACAAUGAAAAAUGCCGGUUGUUGAACAAGGUUCUCAACUGCGAGGUGGUCUGGGUGCAGACAGGGUCCUCCUCGUUGGCGAAGCAAGGGAAGCUGGGGAUGCAAGAGGCAGUGCAACUGGUGAAGUGCGAUUGCAUAUUGGUGCGGUUGUGGAACUUCUACCAGUUCAAGCAUGAGAACCGUCCAGACAGUGACUGGACCACUAAGUACCCCUUCCUGAAAAAACGAGAGGUGAUUUUUGCAAAGUUUGAAGGGCAGGGGCUGGAUGCAGCGUUGUGGGACGGGAGCAGGAAACUUGUCAGCGACUCCUCCUUGUUCAAGGACUGUCCGCCCUACAUGGUUUGCGAGGACGACAAGUCAAUCAAGGCGACAGAAAAGCUAGUCCAAAACAAGAAGUUGUCCAUCGACUGGAAGAACAAGGUCCUCUGCGUGUUGACCGGCAGCAGGUUGAAAAGCAUGGAAGUUGCGCUGGCCGAAGGGGUGGUGCACAUUAUGUGGAACGACUCGAAGGACGUCAUAACUAUUGCCCCGUUCGACAUUGACCCUCUGGAUGCGCAGAUGAAGGUCGUGGAGUUGCAGAGGGCGGUCGGAAUCACGAAAUGCCACACGUGCGUUCUCGACUUGUGCGAACCGGUGGACAUUAAACAAUGGACAGCUAAAGUCUUCGAGAGUUUGAACGCCCUCCUGGAGCACUUGUUCCCCUCGCACUGGACAGUAGUCACGUUCGUCCCUCGUGAGCACGACUACUACUUCAUGACCAGCCUGCACCAUCUGUCCGUCGUGAAGGCAAUGGCCGGGAAGUGGGUGAGGAGGACGCAGAAGAAGAAAAGUUUCGGUGUCGGCCACAACUUGUACUCCUUGGACGACCGCAUGUACAUCCUUUUCAAAGGCAACGACAUGCGGGAGAACACAUCUGUUGUCUACGACGCGAGGUUGGCGGCGGGUGAUGCUGCCGCGGUGGGGGCACUUCAGAAAGUGACUCCCACUGAGAUAUUCGACAUGCCGUUCGACGCUUGUGAAUCGCCCGUCGUGAUACAUGGCCGUGAUCCCGUGGUGUACAAGGGCAUGGAGCGGAACCCCACACAAUUCGCUUAUCUGCUGGAAUUCCUUUGCAAAAAGGGGGACGGCAUCAUGUUCCUCGGGAAAGCGCACGCACAAGUCGUGUGGGAGGUUUUGAAGGGUGGUCGCAACGUCAUCGCGUUGGAGGGGAAUUCGGAGUGGUUGCAAUUCACAUUGGAUUUCCUGAAAACCGCGGUCAACUCGGGAGCAUACCGCUGCGAGUUCAUUACGAAGAGUGAGAAGCCGAGACGCGUUUGGGAUCCUUCGACGAACAUGUGGUUCAAGCUUAGCGCCCGGAAAAGGAGCAGGAUCUACGAGUUCCUCUUCUUGGAGAAGCGUCCUGCGAGGGGCACCGACAUCGAGCACAUGCGCCGCAAGGAACACAUGUUGGCGCUGCUAGACAACUAUCACGGCGCCGCGCGCCUGAACGCGAAGAACUUCCUGGACCGACUGGAGUUAUUGUACUUUGUCGAAUCCGAGCCGUUCCUGAGGCUCGAGAGUUACGGUGCCUUGAUCGACGCCGACAAAGAGUCCCUCACCGGUGUUGUCUUCGACACCGGUGCACCUGAGGAGGAUAGCGACACCGAGGAAAUUGACAUCGACUACCACCUUGCUCCGGUGCUCCCAUCCCCGGCCUCCUCGUCGGCGAGUCCCUCAACAAACCGGCCUGCACAAGCGACGCCCGUGCGGAGGACCCCUAGUAAGCUGUUGGCGAGAUUGACACCUCGGCCUGCUGCGCCUCCUCCUCUGCGUCCAGGGUGUCAAGUCCCCCUGCAACAUCCUUCUCGGAAGGAUGAGAACAUCCACUUCGAAGGGCACGACCGCACGCGUUCCACGGAGGUAGACUGGGGUCAUGACAUGAUUUGGCACCCGGGGACGAUCCAGCCCGCAAUUCGGAAGGGGGAGUGGGUCAUGGCCAUAGUCGACACUGACGGGGAAUGGAAGCCGUCCGAGCGCCUGGCCAAGUCCGACUACUUGGAUAUCGCGAGGAGUGCUGUGGUGGACAAAGUGACGUCAAAGAACAGCAACCUGCAGCCCGCCGGCCUGGCCAUCAUUGCCACUGCUGAUCGCUUGUUCCGGGAACUUUAUGACAAGCAGUGGUUGGAACUAUCUGACGAUUUCUACGACCUCGAGACGAGCCCUUCAAAGAAAAAGGUUACCUGGAAAGUACCCCCGUCGACAGGGACCCAGGGUAGUGUGGGAGGAAGACCUCCGAGCCCCCCAGGUGCCGGAGGGGGGGGAGGCAAUGGCCACGAGGAAGGAGGUGGCGGAGGCAGUGGCCAUACGACAUCAGGGGGAAGCGCGCCGGCAUCAUCGCCUGCCCCUGGCAGUCAGGGAAGGAUCGCGCACAGCGGCAUGGGGGAAGGGGGGGUGAACGUCACACACUCCCCAACAGCAGGGAGUGGCAAGUCGGGGAAGUUCGCCUGCAUCCGAACUUCGCAGACGGAGGACCCAGUGCCCGUGGAGGCAGCGAAGUCGACCGGCAUCCGCACUUCGACGACUAUGGGGCAGGCGGCCCUUCCCUCGUGGACUGCUUUCGGCUCCUCCGGAGCACAGGCGUCAGAGAUGGGCGCCGCCCUGGCUGUGCGGGAGGCGACGCCGCCGAUCCUUGGACAAGGCCGAUCUGCGGAGUCACAGAGAGAGAUUGCUGGUGCAGCGCCGUCCGCCUUCCUUGCGACGAAGUCCGCCGGUAUUCGUACGUCGUCCAUGACGUGCCUCCAGUCGGAGGAUGCAGGGACGGAGGAAGGUGGUACAACUAUUCAUACAGACGACCGCUGCUUGGGAUCCGCGUUGAUGCGGCUGCAAGAAGCCGAGUCGCGUGAGACUGACGGAGGGGAAGAAUGGGUGCAAGUCGAGGGCUGGGAAGAAGAGGGAGAAUGGGAGGAGGGGGAAGAAGGAGACGAAGGGCGAGAGAAGGUGUUGAUUACAUUGCGCGACGGGGAAGAUGGUGAAGAAGGAGGACUCAGUAUUACAAACGAGGAAAGGGUGGAUGCCGGAGACGAGGAUGUCUGUGGGGAGACAUCUGAUUCGUUCGGUCUGGUGUACGUCAGACCAGGUGAAGGUGAUAUCGACGACGACGCGACGGCAAUGGAUAUGGAAAUGCAGGUGGUUAGUGGCCUUUCCGUGGACCACGAAGAAUAUGACGCCCACCACCUGGCCACAGCGGUGCAUCCCCCCGGCGGGUGCGACGAGGCUAUCAUGACAGUGAGCCCGGCGAAAACGACUCGCCGUCUUAGCGUGAACGAGGUCAUCGAUAGCAUACUGGGCGACGUGCAAGCUAAAACACUUCCGUCCACCCCGUCAAAAGACGAUGCCCUUCUCAUCAACGACACUUUCGCGGUCGGGGACUUGGCGCUCAUCCAGCCGUGCUUUCCGGUACCCUCGUCACCGCUCACAGGAGGAAGGGGGGGGGUUGUUGGGGGCCGCCAGCACGUCACGUCCCCAAAAAAGUGCAGGGUAGGCACACCGGCCCUGGCUGUCCUCGCCUUACCAGCGCCCACGUCGCCGACGAAGGAGCGGAAAGAAAAACAAGCUGCUCGGGCCACAGCACCUGCAGCCUGGGGGGGGCAUUUCGCUACGGCGAUUGCGCCUCGAGUCUCGCGGGUUAUGGACGAUGUUUCUCGCAGCGUGGUGCCUCCUCAUCAUGUCCUCUCUUCCUUUGCGAAUGAUCAAUUCAGAAUCACGGCGAAAGAUAUGCUCACCGUUUUGCAAGCCAAUGGCAAGAUCAACGAUGAGGUGGUGAAUUUGUACAUGGCCCUUUUGGGGUCGACGACAUCCGCGACACGUGCACGGCCAUCAGGCCGAGGGAAGGCUCAAUCCUGGAGCAGCCAAAAGCUAGAUGAGUUGUACGCCAACAAAAUGUUGGAGUUUCGAGCGCCUUUCUACGUACUUAAGACGACACCGUCUCGUGGCAUUGAUUGGCACAUGCCGCAACCUCCGUCGGGUGGUCAGCAUCCGGGAGGCGGUGUGCGAGGUGAUGGAGGAGACGGCGCAGGACCCGAUGAAGGAGGUGAUGGAGGAGACGGCUCAGGAUCUGGUGGUGACGAAGCAAAGGGGAAGGGGCCAGGUGAAACGUCGUCGGAACCAAAGGGCUCCGACGGAAAACGGUCCGGCGAAAAAGGGUUGGGCAGAAAGGGGUCGGGCAGAAAGUGGUCGGGCGGAAAUGGGUCGGGCGGAAAGGGGCCGGGCAGAAAGGGGCUGGGCGGAAAGCGUAGAGCUUUCAGGAGUCACGAGUCUAGCGGAACUGAAAGCCGUUUGCUGGAGGGGCGCGCUGCAGGAGUGUUGGAGACCAGGGCUAGCGAGUAUGAUCGUUACGCUUCGGAGGGUGCUUCCAUCGAUUUUAAGAGCAAAAGUGUCGCGGACUCGGGGGAAGAGGAGUUGUCACAGGACACGCAUGUUGUGCACCAGGAAGAGGAAACCCAACACUGGCCGCCUCGCAGAGUGCUGGAUGAUCUCGACGCAGGAGUGUUGGAGACCGGGUCUAGCGGGCAUCUACGUCAUCCUUCGGAGGGUGCGUCCGUCGACUUAGAGAGCAAGAGCACACCACCUCCGGGGGAAGAGGAACUCUCACAGGAAGCGCAUGUUGUGCAGCGGGAAGAUGAAACUCAAAAUUGGCCGCCUCACGAAGUGAGGGAGGGGCUCGAUGUAGGAUUGUUUGAGACCAAUGCUAGCGAGCCUGAGCAUCAGUGUCAUGCUCCGGAGGGCGCGUCCGUCAAUGUUGAGAGCAAGAGUGCAUCAACUUUAGGGGAAGAGGACCUCUCACAGGAAGCGCAUGCUGUGCAGCGGGAUCGUGCGGCGACAUUUGUUCAGGGACCCUCUGUAGGAGUGUUGGAGACAGAGGCUAGCGAGUGCCAAGGUCAUGCUUUGGAGGAGGCGCAUGUUGUGCAGCGGGAUGAAGAGCUUCUCCAAGGUUCGUCGGGAAAUGCCAUCAACAUCAGGGACACCGAUUUGGUUUUGCACAGCGGGUCGCCACUGACAAGUCAAGGGGGUGACGAUAAGGGAAGUCGUGGGACGUUUGUGGAAGGCAGAGACCGUGGGCGGGAAGGACGUGCAUGGACGUUUUGGGAAGCUCGGCUUCGUGGCGAUGAGGAGGGCGAAGAAGAACACGUGUUGGAAACUAGGCUUCAUGACGAUGACGAAGGCGAAGGAGCCGUGGGGGAAGCUCCGUCAUUUGGCGGUGACAUGUCGGCUCGGCUUCAUGACGAUGACGCAGGCGAAAAAACCGUGUGGGAAGCUCAGCUUUAUGCCAGUGAGGUGUCGGCUCGUCAGAUAGGUUCGAAGCGGACAGAUCAUAAUUCUACGUCCACCAACUACGGUGAAGAGCAAGGCGAUCGAGCGUCUGCCCUUAGUUCCGGUCGGGAAAUGGUGCUUCAUGAAGCCACGGAGUUGGUAAGCGACUUGACUGCCAUCGAGCUGGUUAGCGACUCUGCGGUGGUCGAGAUGCAGAACAUCGAAUCCUCCACGGACGUCGGCAUAGUGACGCGAUAGGAGGCCGGUUCCCCUCGAAGGACUCCCGAGCACGGUGUGAGGUUGUCAAUGUCCCUGUCCAUGAAGCCUUCGCAAG